GGCGAGUCUUCAAUCAAAAUGGUGGACAAUAUUUUGGAAGAUUGAAAGUUUCACCUCUUUUCCCCAAUUUAGUUGAUUGUUAAUUUGCAAGGUUCAAAAUGUCCCUGCAAGAAUUAGAACAGGAGCCAUUCAGUGUUCAUGAAUUUGUAGAGCGUCUGGCAUGGAAGACAAUGGGUUCAAAGGCUCGGAGUAAUCCUGAAGAGUUUGAUCCGAUACUUCUACACACAGCUUUCGAAAAGAUGAUAAAUGACCUUCAAAAAAAAAAUGAAGAGACACAAAGAGAAAUUGAACGUUUGGAAAGCUCAUGUAAAGAUGAGGAGAAAAAACACUGGCAAAAUGUUGCUGAAUUACAGAAAAAAAAUCAGGCGUUAUAUACCAAUUUCCAGAAGUUAGAUGAGAGAAUUAGUUAUGUGGCCACAAAAGUGGUUCACCUGGGUGAUCAACUGGAAGGAGUGAACACACCUCGUGCCCGAGCUGUAGAAGCGCAAAGAUUGAUGAAGUAUUUAGCAGAAUUUUUAUCAGGAGAGGCACUGAAAUCAGCCAUUUUGACUGAUCCUUUUCAGCUUCAACUUGCUGCUGAUAUCAUACAGAAAUUACAUUUAAUAGCCCUUGAAUUACCUGUUGGUGGCAAGUUUGAUAGAGCAAGGCAAAAAAUAGCAGAAAAAUAUGAUCAUAUAGAAAAAGAAUUGAUUGGAGAGUUUAAAAAUGCUCACAGAGAAGGAGAUAUCAAAAGAAUGAAGAAAAUAGCAUCAGUUAUGACUAAUUUCAAGGGAUAUGGCGAGUGUAUUAAUGCCUUUAUAGUUGAAAGUCAGAGGAAUGCGUUUAUAAAACCCAAUGUUUUUGAUGAAGUUUUACCACUAUGUGAGAAAACCAAUGAAAUCAUACAUUCCGUAUUCAAUGCACCAGAAAAUGUCAUGGGUAAAUUUGUACAGAAUAUCUUCCAGGAAAAGAUAAAGAAUCAUAUUGCCAAACAGUUAGGGAAUCGAUCUGAACCAGAACAAUAUUUAAAGAAUCUCAACGAUUUGUAUAACAGAACAACCAAGUUAACAAGUGAAUUAUCUGGUUUUAAGUUUGGUAGUGAUAGUUCACUAUUAAGUAAAUUAACAAAAGGAAUCUUUCAAUCACAUCUGGAUAAUUAUAUAGAUUUUGAAACUCGAUAUUUGCGAGAUCGUUGCACCAUUCUUCUACAUAGAUAUUAUGAAAGUAAAGAACAUCAAAAGAAACAAAUACAAUCUGGAGGUAUACAUGAUUUCCGUCGUGAUAUACAGGCAAAGAUAGGUAAAGCUAAUAUUAACAUCGGACCAGCCAUUGAAGAUUAUGGUGGAGAGAUAUUUCUCUCACAGGAAGUAGCCAUCAAUAUUUUACAAGAAACUAAAAUAGCUUUUAAACGAUGCCAAGUACUAUCAAGUACAUCUGAUUUAGGAAGUAAUGCUGUAAAGAUAUUUGAUGUAUUAUCACAGUAUUUAGUUGUAGAACAUAUUGAUUAUGCUCUAGAGCUUGGUCUUCAAGCUAUUCCAUUAUCUGAUCCCAAAACAGAACCAGUAGUUUAUUUUUUUGAUGUUGUCAAUCAAUCAAAUACUUUAUUUCACCUGGUAGAGAAACAGUUUAUGGACAGUCUCUUGCCUUUAGUUUUAUCAUCACCGAAACAUGGAGUUUGUUUAAAAAGAAAGAGAGAAUUAAAAGAACAGCUAGAAAAUAAAAUAGACCAGGGUAUUGAUAGAGCUCUUAAUUCAAUUAUUGGCUGGGUUCGACAAAUAUUAUCAACGGAACAAAAGAAGACAGAUUUUAAACCAGAUGAUGAUGCUACCAUGUUGAUGUUAUCACCAGCCUGUGAGAAGGUUGUGAAGUUUGUAGCCAAGCAGGCUAGAUUAAUCAGUGAAAGUCUAGAUGGCAAGAAUGUAGAAAUUAUUAUGAUGGAACUAGGGAAAAGAUUUCACCGAUUAAUUUAUGAACAUGUACAACAGUUUUAUUAUAAUAUUAUAGGUGGUAUGUUGGUUAUUUGUGAUGUUAAUGAGUAUCGUAAACUGGUAAAAGAAGAGUUCAAGGUGCCUCUAUUAUCCAGACUGUUUGAAGUGCUCCAUAGUUUGUGUAAUCUGUUAGUUGUUGUGCCAGAAAACUUAAAAACAGUCAUCACAGGAGAUCAUUUGGCUGAGCUAGAUGAAGCAGUUGUUUCAUCAUUUCUACAACUACGAUGUGAUUAUAAAACAGCCAAGAUAGCCAAUCAGGUUAAACGAUAAAAGAAACAUAACCAGACGUAUUCUGCAAAUAAACCAAAAGUUAUUAUUAGAUCCUUUUAUAAAACCUGACCCUAUAGUCAAUGGAGGUUAAGGAAUGCUACCAUGGUUGGGUUUUUAUUUUACAUUCCUACAGACUUAAAUAAAAUGUUAACUUUACUUGUCAAUCUUUUAUGAAAUGUUUUAUUUUCUUCACUGAUUAUUGAGUUUGAAUGAUUAUGUUAAAUUAACUAAAAACCAACAUUAAGACUGAAAGGGAGGUUUUAUAAAGAAAUGAAAUGAAAUAGGGUUUAAUGUGCUACUGUUCUAAGAGGUUUUAUAUACAGUCAUUUGAUAAUGAUGAAUGAUUUGUUAAUUGAUAGUAAAUAGGUAAAUUCUUACUUAUCAUAGCCCAACUCUGAGGUCAUGUGACUUUUGAAUAUUCAGUACUAAUUGAUAGAGGAGAUGUUAUUAUUUGACCACAACUUGUUAUAAUGUAGCACCAGCAACUUUCAUUAGACAGUCACAGUAUGCUUACUCAAAUACCUUUAUAUUCAGACAAAAACACAACAGGCCAAUAAAGUCAUUAUUUAUAGGCAAGGAGAUAGUUCCAUUGUACUGAAAUAUCAAUCAGAUCACCAAAUUCAGCAGUGGCCCAUUAAUAGAUAAGGAGUAUUAUGAACACCAGUCAAAUAAUAAUGUUGUCACCACACUGCACCAUAAUAAUGAAUGAAAUAAUUAUAUUCACUGAAUACUUUUAUGUUAAAUUAUAAUAUUAAGGUAUAAAAUUAUUUUAUUUCCAUAAAUUAUGGUUUAUGGUUGUUUUUUUUUUAUAGUAUUAUAGGCUAUAUUAUUUUGUUAUAUUUGUAUCCAAUGUUUUAAACAUUGUAUGGAAGUCCAUUGAAGACAUUAUAAGUGCAAUAUUAUCAUAUUACUUAUAUAAAAAUAAAUAAUUCAAGAAUA